AUGUUUGGUUACGGCCGUAAUAAUUUCACCUGGAAUGGAACUCUGAAAGAGCUGAAGGGCAGCCACCCAGCCUUCUGCACAGAACGAGGUAGACCAACUAUGGCCGCCCCCCUGAGCUCCUCCAGCGGCUUAGAGGUCCUCCUUUCCUCUCUGCAGAAUGCAGGGGAUGUGGAGAGCACCUUAAAUAUCCUCAAUGUCCUGGAUGAACUUCUGUCUGCUGGUACAGAUCGUCGUAUCCACUAUAUGAUCAGUAAAGGGGGCAGCGAGGCCUUACUUGCAGCACUGGUCAACAACAUCCGCAGCUUCAGUCCCAACUUCACCAUCCUGCUGCCACUACUGCAUCUGCUGGCUAAAGUUGGACACAGAGACCGACGUAUAGGUCUGAAGGCAGAGGACGCUGGAGUUGUGCUGCUGACCCUGAAUCUGCUCAGACAAAACGUCGAUCACACCAGGAGGGCUGCAGCCUGUCUGUGGGUGAUCCAAGUCUUCUCCUCAUCAGUUUCUGCAGCAAACCUGAUUGGAGAAAACCAUGGACUGGAUGUCAUCUACCGCCUCAUCCCUCAGUAUACCACCAAACAUCUCUACACCAUCAAGGCAGCCAUUGAUGCCUUCGCUGCUCUGCUGUGCACAAAGGCUAAUGUUUGCUCGGCCGUAUCUAAAGGUUACAUCUCUGGCCUCUUGCGGCUUUACAAGGACUGGCACAGCCAGGGAACUCAACGUGUUGCCGUAGCAAUCAGCCACGCACUGCUGCGCUGCCUCCAUAAGGUCACUUGCAGUACUGCAGGCAGACAGACUUUGGUAUCCCAGGGAGGCAUCAGACUGCUGUAUGAAACUACACAGACAAGUUUGAGGGAUAAAACUCUGGAGUCUCUCGUGGAGCCCUCGGUGCAGCUGAUGAGGAAAUGUGUCUCUAAAACUCCUCUACCACUGACAUCAGAUCAGUCGGCGUACACCUUCCCCCUGCCGAGAAGACCACAUACUGUUCCUGAUGUGGACACUGAACCAGAUGAGAGCAGCGAGGAGAGUGAUGAUGAGAAGUCUGAAGAUAACCAAGAGGCAGACUAUGAUGACGACUUGGAGACUGACCUGAAAAAACUUCGUCUUCGUCCUGACCCAGACAGACCCAAAGAGCUGCUGCCACAGUACAGCCGCCUCUGUCCUGAAAUCUCACAUGACUUCCAGGAGUUGGAUUUGAGUUCCGAGCCAGAGGACAGUUCAACAGCAUCAGCGUCCUCUUCAUCAGAUGAGGAAGCUGUGCAGCUCAACAGUUUCCCUUGUCGCUCCUCCAGGAGGACCAGAAGGUGUGGUGCUGCUUCGUCCAGAUCUUCUUCAGGCUCUCACUCAGAAACAGAAACAGAAGGACACACAGCAGCUGUUGUCCAGCUAGAGGGUUGUGAUUUCCACAGUCACAGCAGCAUCCUCAGCACCAGCCCCAGCUUCAGGAACAUGGUUAGAGAGGCGAGGGAAGAAGCCUCCCAAGAUCAGAGAGGGGAUGAGCAGGAUGAUGAAGCGGAAGAUGAGGAGGAAUCCAACCAUCGCACCAUGAUAGACAAGUUAUUGGAAAGACAUGGCGCUUUCAUCCCCCACCAUGAACCCAAGCUGUACUACUCUGUAGCCGCCAAAACCAAAUCUAUUCCAGGGUUCAGCAUCCUGGCUUUCCCGGAUUUCUGGGGUCACCUCCCACCACCAGGACAUGAACCCAUGGCCCCACGCAAACCCAACAUACAGAGGCAGAAAGUGCUCGCAGAUGUUCAACGUUUCCUGGACACUGAGGACAUCAUCAACCAGGUAGUAUUUGACCUGGAAGACAGCAGUCUUCAGGGUUCGUCUGAUUCUUUGAGGUUUUUCUCCAAGUUUGAAUGUGGGAACCUCAGGAAGGCUAUUCAGGUUCGCAGAUAUGAAUAUGACCUCAUAUUGAACACAGAUGCUAACUGUAACCAGCACACGCAGUGGUUUUACUUUGAAGUCAGUAACAUGGUGGCAGACGUCCCUUACCGAUUUAAUGUCAUCAACUGUGAGAAGAGCAACAGCCAGUUCAACUAUGGAAUGCAGCCAGUGCUGUACUCCGUAAGGGAAGCUCUGGAAGGCAGACCACACUGGGUCAGGACCGGGACUGAAAUUUGUUACUUCAGAAACAACUUUUGUUCAGCUCGGGGCAGAAGGAGAACAACCUUUUAUACUCUGACCUUCACCAUCACCUUCAAACACAAUGAGGACGUCUGCUACCUGGCCUACCAUUAUCCCUACACAUACUCUGCUCUGAAGGCUCAUCUGAAGGCGCUGCAGAACUCAGUGGAUCCUGCCAAGGUGUUUUUCCGGCAGCAGAUUCUUUGUGGCACUUUGGCUGAAAACUCGUGUCCACUGGUCACCAUCACCGCCUGUCCUGCCAGCAGGGGCUGGAGAGACAUGCACCAGCUCCGUAAUCGUCCCUGCAUCGUGCUAACAGGCCGUGUCCAUCCCAGUGAGUCCAAUGCCAGCUGGGUAAUGAAGGGCACCCUGGAGUUUCUGUGCAGCAGUGACCCAGUGGCCCAGAGUCUGAGGGAGGCCUUUGUCUUCAAGCUCAUCCCCAUGCUCAACCCAGACGGAGUCAUCAACGGCUCGACUCGCUGUGAUCUGAACCGUGAGGAUCUGAAUCGUCAGUGGUUAAAACCAGACCCCGUCCUCAGUCCAACCAUCUACCACACUAAGGGCCUCCUCUACUACCUCAACAGUAUAGGAAAGUCUCCACAGGUUUUCUGUGACUACCACGGCCACUCUAGGAAGAAGAAUGUGUUCCUGUAUGGCUGCAGUAUGAAGGAAACUCUAUGGCAGUCUGGCUCCACUGUUAACACUGUGGGAUUGAAAGAGGACCCUGGAUAUAGGACCAUUCCAAAGACCUUGGAUCGUCUCGCACCAGCCUUCUCUUACAACAGCUGCAACUAUUUGGUGGAGAAGUCUCGCUCUGCCACAGCCAGGGUGGUCGUGUGGAGGGAAAUGGGCGUGCUGAGAAGUUAUACCAUGGAGAGUACUCACAAUGGUUGUGACCAGGGAAUAUACAAGGGCCUGCAGACAGGAACCAGGGAGCUGCAGGAGAUGGGUGUGAAGUUCUGCCAAAGUCUGCUGUCUGUGACCAAUGACAUGAAGGCUCUCUACAACAGCAGACUAAUCAAGCACAUCGACUUGGACCACAAUGUCCUCGACCACAAGUCUCACAACUGUUUUGAAGACGAUGAGCCUCCAUGUGUUGAGGAGAUUGAGUAUUCCACAGACUGUCCCCCACUUAAAGGCACUGAUCUAGAAUCAGAUAUCAACAACAACAUGACCAGUGCUGAUGAAGAGGAGGAUGAUGACGAAGGACACAGGGAAGCAAAACAUCAACAAGGUGUUGGCCAGUCAACCCUAAAGAGCUGCCUGGUGCCUCACCUGAUUAGACAGAGAUCCACUGAGACACUCAACGAGAAAAGAAACACGUGUAAUGGAGUUAGAAUCAAUGGACAAAUCCUAAGUUAAGGGAAUAUUUUUACAUUUUUCAGCAGUUUUUCUUUCAAAGGUCUUUUACUAUGCAUUUCAAGCUUUCCUCAUUGAAUCAUAGCAGGUGGAUUUAAAUGAAAAACAUCUAGUUAAAGGUUUUUCCAUAUUCAACGGGUACAUAAAACAUGAAAAUCUUGCUCUAAUAUCCCAGAUUGUCCACGUGUGAGCUCCAUCAUCAAUAGUCCAUCACCCUCAAUAUAGCCAUAGCCCCUUCUCAUUACUGGUUUCUUACCCUAAAUUUAUUUAAAACAUGUCAUUGUUUGUUUUUUUAUGACUGAUUUUGGUACAUAAUCCAUUAUAAUUAAAUACUGUAAUAGUACAAAUCUUUUCCAGAAAGUGACCAUCAAGAUCAGACCCAAACUCACAUGAAAUAUGGAACUUGGCUCUUAUUGAGGAAAGCUUACAAUGCUAUUGUGCCUUUUUUUAAGAUGAAAAACUACUGAAAGGCUACAGUUUCAACACUUCCAUGACGAUUCAUCUGAAACUAGUCACCACAGCAUUACUGUAUGUGUGAACAGGAUAGUCUUAAUGGUGUGGAUUGAUCUCAUGCAAAAGAUAAAUUAACAUGAGUACAAUGAACCCAUUCCUAUAAAGAACAUACAUGCUACGUGCCAUGUAGAUGUUUUUCCCAUAACAAAGUAGCUCAAGUUAACUUUUUGUCAGCUAGUGGCAGAUUGUAUAUUUCUCAUCUUUCAAAAAGAAAUGUCAAACUGUAGAAUGGUCUUGUUCUGCAUUGUCUUUUGUUUCAGUCCUUGGGUGGGAACCAAGAGGCUGGAAGCAGCUGGCAGUUGUUCUAAAUGUUAACUAGUAUUAAAUUUUUUUUAUUAAUGUCCUUGUUAACCUCUAACACUCCAAAAUGAUCUCUCAUUUUAGACGAUAAUGAAUGAAAUUCAGAUAAUGUCGUUUGUCUAUAUAUACAGACAGGAUGCAUGGAUUAUUUAGACUAACAGCACAGUUCUACAAUUGUAGCUAUGCUAUUGCUUCUGUCUCAAACUUGUAAAUCCACUUGCGUUGGAGACUUCAGAAAAAUAACAGCAGUGGUUGUUUCUUCAAAAAGGUAUAAAUGACCUAUGUUCAUGUUCAGCACCGAAGCAGCAGUCUGGUGGUCCUACAGGGGCCCAAAAAGUGACUGGUGAGUGGAUGUUGAAGUGAUGACUGGAACUUCAAAGCAUCAAUUCACAUUUUCUGUAACCAUGAAAAAAGUUUCUUCAGAAAAGUGUUCCUAAACGUAACCAGACUUUACCAAAGAGGCAGCAGAUUGACCUAUUUUGAUGUUAAGGAAUAAAGUCUUGGAGUUGAAGUAGUAAAUGGAUUUCAGGGCACCAGGUAAAGAUACUCUGUCACCAUCCUUUUCUCACUCAUCAAAUAUUCUAUUAUGUGUUUGCACCAUAGAAACUCAUUUCCUUUCAAAUAGCUGGGAUGUCCAUUUAUACGGUAUUUAUGUAUGGCCCAUCAUUAACCCUCCUGUUGGGUUUGUUUCUCAGGAACAGCAAUAAUGUUUGUGGGUCAAUUAGAUGUUUACUCAUCUAAAAGUGCAGACACCAAAAUGUCCCAAUAAAAAUGGUUUAUAUUUCAUUUACAACUCCAUUACUAAUCCUUUCAAUCAAUAUUUAGUGCAAUGGUGUUCUUUACCUCUCACAGAUCAUGGUUCAAUGAGGAUAAUUGACUAAUUUUUCAUAGAAAAUGCAUGUUAAAACUUUUUUUUAUAUACAUUGAAAAAUACCUACAUAUAAAAUACAAUAGUUUUACAUCACAUUGAUUUAAAAAAAAAAUAUUUUACAUUUUAGCAUAUUUUCUUCUAUAACAAAAUAACAAAUAACAAAACAAAAGUCAUAACACCUGCAUUCUGGCACUUUGCAGAUUAGCUUUUUCAUUUUAUAUAUUUAUUAUAUUAUAUAUUUAUAUAUUAUAUUUUAUAUGUCACUUAUCAAACCAAGCAAAAUAAAUUUUAACCCCUUUAAACUAUUUUUUUUUUCUUCGAUUUUUUAACUUUUAAAUGUGUCAGUUUGACCCGUAACAUAACUGGAGGGUCAAACAACUUGUUUAUCUUAAGUAAUGUGUCUGCUGAGAUAUCCUGACCUGGUCAGAUUGUCUUUAACUUAGUUACAGAUAUUCAUGAUCCCCACAGGAUGAUUCUUAUUAUGUUGAUCUUCCAGACCUUCCCUCUACUGCUUCUAUCAGCACAAAAAGUUCCUUUGGAUCCUAGAAGAUAAAUCUUAAUGUUUUUAUUGAUCCCAUGCCAAAAAAAUCAGGGGCAGAUUUCCUCAAAAUGUAACGAACACACUGGCUCUGCAGAGGCUGAACCCAUUUCAUUUGACACUCAAUGAUCUUUUCCUCCUGUGCCACCUUCUGGACAAAAUGUCAGCUUUGCACAAAAUAUAUCAUGUACUGUACAGAGCAAUUCAGAUUCUAUAAAUGUCGCCCCUAGGGAUAAAGUCUUUUAUUUCUGAGGUUUUCCAGUAGCAUCACAGUAGAAUUGUAUUUUUGUUUUAUGUUAAAUAUGCUGCAGAGAAAGCACAGUAAACGCAGCUCCACUGUUACAUUGCCAGUAUAAAACAUUUUAUUUCUAAGAAACCACAAUAAUAACAAUCCUACU